CUCGAUCCGCUGCAGAGAGAUUGCCAGAGGAACAGGGGCAGCCUGACCUCAGAGUGAGGGAAACGCUGCCCGUCUGCGCAGCACACAUCCAAAAACGCAAGCGCAGGCAGCUCCAGGGCAGCCUCUGGCCAGCCAGAGCGAGGCCGCCCGCCAGGGCAGCGGUCCGCGGUCCAUGAGCAGCAAUCAUGAUGGGCUUCAUAGAGCCAGAGCAGGCAGAGCAAGCGCCGGCGCCGAUGAGGAUGGAGCAGGAGCAAGCGGCGGCGGCGGAGAGCGAGGCGGCGCCGCGGGAAGGAGAAGUCGUCCCGGAGGGGACGGCGGAAGCAGAAGCUGGCGGUAUCGUUCUCGCAGAGGAGCUAGAACGCCAGGGCCCGGCGCUCACGAACGAGACGCUGCGAGACUGGGUGAAGCGCUGGUGCGACGGCUUCCACGAGGGCCUGCCGCCGAUCUCGACGUGGAAUACAAGCAAGGUCACGGACAUGUCGUGGUUGUUUGCUGUACGGCAGGGUUGGAUGAAAGGCGACUCGUACUAUGAUUCCUGCGUGCCUGAGACUGCGUCCUUCAACGACGACAUCAGCGCGUGGGAUACCUCUAAUGUGACGAAUAUGAGCUGGAUGUUCCACAGAGCCUCGUCGUUCAACCAGCCGCUGAGCGACUGGCGGGUCGACAAUGUGACGAAUAUGAGCGGC